CGUCUGUCAACGCGAGACUUCACGAGUUCACGUCCUCCGUCGUCAAGCAGCCAUGGCGGACUACCAAGAGGCGCCCUUGGCCACUCGGCCGAAAACGCUGGACCCUAAUGAGUAUUUCAACGUCUCGACGGACCAGCGACGUGUCGAGCAGUCCAGGGCAGCGCUGCGAGCGGAACUAAAGAGGCAGUAUCAGACGCAGCUCAAUAACCCGCACAGGAAAGAGCUCAUUGAAGACCCUGCCCUGACGCGCUGGGUAUAUGCACGCGCCAACCCCUAUACAUACUUCAGGCCCACAUUCAAGACAUCUCUGUUGGGUGCGAUGUUUGGAGUCGUGCCUCUCUUCGCCCUCUACUUCAUCUUCAAGACAGACAGGGAUAGGAAGGAGGCCCAGAUUAAGGCUGGAACCCUCGAGCGCAAGUUCAGUUUGUCAUCAUGAGCUCCGAUGUAUAAAGACCUACUUUACGUUCAAGUGAUGCCAGUGUGUGUAAUUAUUAUUAUCCAAAUAAAAAGAUAUUGUCAAAAACAUG